GCGCUGCGCGGCGGCGGCGGCGGCGGCGGCGGCAGCGGCAGCGGCAGCACCAUGAUGGCGCAGCGGGCGCUGCCCAACCCUUACGCCGACUACGACAAGUCCCUGGCCACGGGCUACUUCGACCCCGCCGGGCGGCUAACUCCUGAGUUCACGCAACGCUUGAACAACAAAAUAAGGGAACUGCUCCAGCAGAUGGAGAGAGGCCUGAAAUCUGCUGACCCACGGGACUGCACUGCUUACACUGGCUGGACAGGCAUUGCCUUGCUGUAUUUGCACCUGUACAAUGUAUAUGGAGACCCUGCCUACCUCCAGGUGGCCCACGAGUAUGUGAAGAAGAGCCUGAGCUGCUUGACAAGACGAUCCAUCACCUUCUUGUGCGGAGAUGCUGGGCCCCUGGCAGUGGCUGCUGUCAUCUACCACAAACUGCAGAACCAGAAGCAGUCAGAAGACUGCAUCACUCGCUUGCUCCACCUACACAAGCUUGACUCUCGAGUGCCAGACGAAUUGCUUUACGGGCGCAUGGGCUAUCUCUAUGCAUUGCUAUUUGUGAACAAGCACUUCGGAGAGGAAAAGAUCCCUCAAAGUCACAUUCAACAGGUCUGCGAAGCAGUUGUGGCUUCAGGAGAGAACUUGGCCAAAAGGAAGAACUUCACAGCAAAGAGCCCGCUCAUGUACGAGUGGUACCAGGAGUACUACGUAGGGGCAGCCCAUGGCUUGGCUGGAAUUUAUUACUAUCUCAUGCAGCCUGGCCUUGGAGUGAGCCAAGUGAAACUGCACAACACAGUCAAACCCAGUGUGGAUUACGUCUGCCAGCUCAAGUUCCCAUCAGGCAACUAUCCUCCAUGCAUUGAUGACACCAGAGACCUACUUAUCCACUGGUGCCACGGGGCACCAGGUCUUAUCUACAUGCUUGUUCAGGCCUACAAGGUGUUUGGGGAAGAGCAGUACCUAAACGAUGCCCUGCAGUGCGCAGAAGUGAUCUGGCAGUAUGGGUUACUGAAGAAAGGCUAUGGGCUGUGCCAUGGGACAGCUGGCAAUGCCUAUGGCUUCCUAGCACUGUACAACUUCACUCAGAACAUGAAAUACCUGUACAGGGCCUGCAAGUUUGCAGAGUGGUGUUUAAGCUAUGGUCAACAUGGGUGCCGGACCCCAGACACACCAUUCUCUCUCUUUGAAGGAAUGGCUGGAACAAUUUACUUUCUCGCUGACCUGCUGGUGCCGACCAAGGCUAAGUUCCCUGCAUUUGAACUCUAAACCUGAGUUUGGCAAUUCCCUGCCUGAAUCCUUCUGCAUUUGGAAAAGCAGUUCAAAGUGGCUUUCUCUUCUUUCCAAACUCGUUGUUUACCUAACUGAAUGUAAAUCCGUCCUCCUGAUGAUAUGCUAAGUUCUUUAACACUUCUAGUCAUCUCAUUGCACUAUUUUUAUUUAAAAGACAGAAUUAGGAUUCUGCUGAUGUCUCUUAAAAAUGCAGGGCUGGGAGUAAGAGGGAAAAAAUGCAUACUGUUUUGUUGGCUUUACAGAGUUUUGCUAUUUUCUGUAUCCCAUUUACUGGGAGAAGAAUUUUUAUUGAACAGACCUUUGCCCAUUUCAUUUUUUUUAAGCUGACAAGCAGUUACAGAAAUUAGGUUGCUUUUUGAAAACAAAAGAUGAACUACUGAGACUAUUGCCCUGCAAUUUGCUUCUAAACAUUUUCUUUCUGACCAUGCAGGGAGUAGGAAGCUCAGUAGCUGGGCUGUGCCACAUGAAGUGAAUGUGAUGGACUGUAGAGUCUCUAUAUAUGUCUUUUCUGUCAGACUGCAAGUGGCACAGCUGCAGCUGACAUGCCAAAGCUUUGUCCUAGAUUUACACCUGUCUGCUUUUCAAGCAAAGGCCAUUAUGUGUAGCUUUUGGUGCAUUUUUUCAGUGACAGGCAAACAAAUAAUCCAGCAGCUUUUGUGCUUAUUCACGACCUUACGAUAAAUCUUUCAAAAGUCCAUUGAUCAUUGAACGGCAAACCUCAGUUUAAAAGCAAGCUAAGAACGCCUGCUGGCGUGGUCUCUCCUGUUCGGCUUUGAUUUUUUUUUUCCCAGUCUGUGUUUAAAAUGGAGUAGGAGCAUUAUAGAUGUUAGGCAGAACCAAGCAUAGCAGCAGCAGCAUGGGAAAAGAAAUGUAUUCCACUGAGUUCUGUCAGUGUUUAAACCUGUUAUCUGUGGUUUUUUUUUUUUUCUUUAAAACAGGCUUUGUUUUAUAAACUAUUCAGGUUUAGGAAAGCUUGAAUGACUUGUUUGGCUUGUUACUGCUUGUUGUAGUUUGACAUGCAAACACGAAUACACACAACUAGCAGCUGGAAAAUCCACCCUAUGUUAUAAAGCUUUGGGCUGCCAGCAUACCAGAUCUUUGCAAGGGGUGAACCUGCUUUGCUGUCCCUGCGGAUGCUACACAGAGUUACAGGCCUGACCCGGCAAGCCACUGUCUUAGCCUGGAGCAUGAGCUAAACGCAGAGUGCAGCAAAGGUUACUGAACCUGCUGUACUGCUUUUUGCUGGCUGCAGGAGGCUCCUUGGCCCGCACAGGAGUCGACACGGGUUUUGGUCUUUCAAGGGUGCAUUUACCAAGCACUCAGGCUGCCUAAGAGCAGCCUCCCAGGCAAGGGGCUGCCAGGCAGGGCUGGGCAGCCUCCCAACAGGUGAACUCCUGUACCAGCAGAAGGGAGGCUGAGGCAGCCUUACUGCCCUUUCUCACUCCCCAGUGCAUCCUUCUCCUGCCCUGAGGACCAGACCGGGCACAGUAACAGUGAGCUCGCAUAUGUCUGAACAUGAGGCAGUCUCACCUCUAACGGUGGCACACGUAGACCUGCAAGAACCUUGUAGAUGGGCUGCUUCAGCAAAUGCUGGAAACCAUCCCUUGCAUGAUCACCUGUCUCUUCAUAGCCCAGCCUUGUGCUGCCAUCACACACUUCAGCUUGUUUGUUAACAAACAGCCUGAAGUGCAGAGAAGCUCAUCUGCUUUUGGAUGAGUGUCCCUAUCAGGAGCCUCAAGCUCAUGCAGGCUCUGUGGUCUUUUUCCCUAUCAUUCAUGGGGUGGCAACAGCAUGGGCAAGUGACUAGAAAGUAAGCAGCACAGCCUCAAGAGCAGGAUUUUGCUAAUCAAAGAGCAUGGGGACGUGGGCAGUCCUAAAGCAGGCCUGCUGUAAGCCUCCUUCCAGCCUACCUGUUGUGGCAGUGUGGGCACGCUUGCCUGCAAGCCUGGGUUCCUCCUGGCCAUCAUUUCUCCUCCAGGAGAUGGCUCGUGCAGCCUAGUGUCAUGGCAGCAUCAUGGUUCAUAUAUUGGUCUGAAAAAUCACCAGGGCCUGGUGUACAAUUUGCAGGUGGUGCACUGCUUAAUAAAAUGCUAAAACAAUAA